AUGCCUAUCACGUCACCGGACCGGUUUGUACCAUCAUAUGUGCCCCUUCAAGAUCGCUUUCGAGCCGCGAAGCAAGUCAACGAGCUAUCACCAUUAGAGCGGAUUCAUCGUACGGAAAAUGCCGCCUCGGAUGUCUUUUGCUUUACGCCGAAGCGAUCUUCGCCCCUUUCUGUCCGACAAGCAUCUCGAUCUGACGGUAACCAGCGGCGUGUCGGCACCGUCCUAGGGCUGCACAGCCUAGAACAACGGCAAGUCAGCAACGGUGCCGUCUGGUCUGUAGGCGGCUUAGCCCCUGGAGGCGUCGACGACGGGCGCGGGCGGAGGGUGAGCUCUGGCACGAAUGCCCGCCUAUAUGCCACUGCGUUUUCGGAUACGCGACCCAAAUCCGAAGAUGACCAGGAGAAACACGAAGGCAGACUCGCUCUAGCCCUAAAGAUAGACCGAAUCCAACGAAUUUUAGACUUUGAUGGAUACUCGACGUUUCCUCGCUGUAAGCAUAAAGAGAGACAGCUACUGCGAGAAGCCAAGACGAAAUGGACGGGAAGCGAGUGGAGCAACGACUGUUACGUGCCCAAAAUUCAGAGGGAGGAGCGGUGUCUCCCUAAUGCCCCGUUCAAGGUCCUCGAUGCCCCGGGCCUUCGUGACGACUUCUAUUGCUCAGUGAUGGCAUAUUCUCGCACAUGUAAUACGUUGGCUGUUGGCUUAGGCAAUCUGCUCUAUGGGUGGUCAGAAGCUUCAGGCGUCACGCUUCUAAACGCGGGACUCAAGGACGGUUCGUGGCUAACUUCGGUGGCAUUCUCGUCCGAGAAGGGUGGUAAGUCAAUACUCGCCUUUGGCCGGUCAAGCGGACUGCUCUCCUUAGUAUCGCUUUUCGAUAGUCUACUCCCUCGCUUCGAGAUGUAUCAUCCCGCACCCAUAGCUUGUCUCUCCUGGCGUCCCACCUGUACCCUGCGACCUUCUCGAAACCAGCGCAAUCCUGGUGUCCUAGUCAGUACAGAAGACCUCCUCGUAGGCGACGACCUAGUAGCUCGGGAAAAUUGGCGCGGUACAAUGACUCUACUUGCACGUAUCAGAGUUCAUUCCCAGCAGAUAUGUGGUCUCGCUUGGUCCCCUGAUGGCGAGCAGUUCGCCACAGGAGGAAACGACAAUCUGUGUUGCCUCUUCGCUAUUGACAGCGUCACAGACGUCGAGUGUGACCUAAACUUGGGCUUUUCGAAGCUAUCAAUAGCUGACACGCCUGGUAGCGAAGUACAAUCUGCUUCGUCAAAUACCGUUAACCCUGGAGAUGGUGCUCCAUUGUCAUUACCCGAACUUACGUCUAACAGCCCCGAUCCAUUGUCAGCCUUGAAAUAUUUUCCAGCCGGCUCUGAGAAACACCGAUGGCACCACGGGGCGGCUGUUAAAGCUAUCGCAUUCUGCCCGUGGCGUCAAGGGCUGAUUGCUACCGGCGGAGGAUCUAAUGACAAAUGCAUUCACUUUUACCACGCAAACUCUGGAGCCGCACUCGCUACUAUCUCGGUUGCGGCACAGGUCACCUCUCUCAUAUGGAGCAAGACUCGACGGGAAAUUGCGGCAACCUUUGGGUACGCGCAACCCGACCACCCGUACCGCAUCGCCGUGUUCAGCUGGCCAGACUGCCGACAGGUAGCUGCCGAGAGACUAAGGAGUCGCACUGCCGAAGAGGGUUGUAUCGUGGUAGCGAGCAGCGAUGAGAGCGUCAAAUUUCAUGAAGUAUGGGCAGCAUCCCGCAAGGCCACUACGCUUGGCAGCGGUGUUCUAGCUAGAAGCGACAUCUUAGAAAUGGAAGAAGGCAUCGACAAGGAGGGCGAAGUGAUUCGCUAA